AUGCUCUCGUGGAAUCCCGAAAGUUAUGUCUCUGAAGCCGUUUCGCGCAUUCUUGCAGAGGAAGCGAAACAGGGACGAGGUGGGGCGAUACCAUCUUACUAUGAUGCAGUCACGUCACACCUGGAGGCACACGAAUUAUCCAAAUCAAUCAAAGUUGCAUUAGAGGAGCAGAGAAGGCAAAACAUUGGUAUUUCCUGCGAUAUUGGAGGAAACGUGUUGGAAAUCUUAUUUAACCCUGUCGACAUCGAGGACGCUGGUGUUGCAGAAGAGCGUGUUAAAAAAUGCGUAGCGGAUAUCGGAUGUCUUUUUGGGAACGUGUCGGAUGAGUUGAAUUCAUUAAAUGGAAAGAGUGGCUUAGUCGCCGUGUCUGAGGAUGUUCUUGACAUAUUACACCAUUUGCAAAGCAUGGGUUUGUUGACAAAUUUUCGUUUCAAUCCAGUUUCAGAGAAGUUGGGGUGCAUUCUGUCAGCGACCGAUAGGUCAAGUAUUUUAAAAUCAAUGGUUCUGUACAACUCGCAGGUGGAAUGGCCAAAAGGUAUGACUCUGAAUUUCACUGACUACAUGAAGGCAUGGCUUGUUGACAGAGUUGCUGCCCGAUUGGAAGUUUUAAAUGAGCACCGUGGUUGUUUGAUCAGACUUGAGGAUUUCGCGCGUGUAUUUGGUACAUCACGAGGCAGUUCAGUGUGGAAGUACGGUGUGUCUGUUUCCGACCUCGACGGCGAGCAAAAGUUUAUUGGUUGCUUGGAGUUGGAUGCACUCCGUCCCACUGCCGCCGCACAUGCUGUUGAAGACCCGUUUUUUGAUCAUUUGGGCAUGCAGUCCUGUGUUGCGUGCUGCCGAACGACAACUACGUCGUAUUGCCUGGCCAAUGCUCUCUCCGUGUGCUCCCACGGAGAAAAGGCGCUAUUUUUCGUGCGUGAGUGGAGGGAAGUCAACGGUCCCGAGUCGAAGGACUCGCUUUUGAGUUUCACACUUUACUUUGGGUAUGGAAAGCCCAUAUCUGAUGAAGGGGACGUACGUAUAGGGGAAAAUGAUGAUAAGCGAAUCUACCUCCAUAGUGAGAAAGACCAAAUUGUUCGUACUUACAAACAGAUGGGAGACGUCAAACGGUACGAAUCGCAUGUGGAAACCGUUAUUGCAAAUAGCAAAAAUGCUGAUUUAUUUCACAACAUAUCGGGUUACAUCGGCGAAACAACGUGUGAGAACUUGGAAAGAGCCAUGUCUUUGUUUCCUCGUAUGUGUGUUGUUGCCUCUUGCAUUGGCAACGAGAAUGCUGUUUGUGUUUCUGUUCUUAAGGCGGCUGAUGUUCUGAGGGGAGACGCUACGUUCGUAUUUUGUAUAUCACAAAGAUCACCAUUGUUCAACCAUGUGUUCGCACCACGAUCGCAGGUAACGUUGAAUUUUCUGUUCGACAAUGCACAGGCGGUGUGCCAAGCUAUAAAUGACACGUAUCCCCUAUGGAUCAAUGAGACCGGAAAUGAGCCCGUCGUCUUUGAGAGUGAAUCGAGGACUUACGUUACAACAAAAGCUUUGAUGGACAUCUCCAAGCAGGUCGCCUUUGAAACUGCGGAGUCGUUUCUUGUUGGUGAAGAAGUGCUGGUUGUGGGCCGGUGCCUUGACAGUAUCCCAAGUACAGUAGUAAUAAAUGUGAAAAACACACUUGUUCUGCAAGACCACGUUCCCCCACAGGAAUUCUACCCCUUUCUCUUCACGAUCGUUCACAAGAUAUAUGGUACUGUUGGCUUCGUUGGGUAUGGGUGCCAAUUGUGUUCCCUGUCUCCUCUGACAAUGUACAUUUAUUCUCCAAUUGAGUCAUCUCAGUUUGCUUUGGACGAAGUGUAUACGGGUCCAAAAUGUAAUUUGACUUUUCUUUCGAGUUUUGGAGCACCAAUUUUUGACGGCAAAGAUUUCGAAGAACUGGGUUGUGGCAUGCCAAUGGCUGCCAGCAGCGUCUCCUCACUGCCUCAGCAGAACAUUUAUUUUCAAGUAGAGGGCAUGCUGAUACGCAUCGUGCGAGACAUCAGCGACAAAUACGUUAUCUGUGUGGUGGCUGCUAACGAGUGCAGGUUUAAUCAGACCGAUCCUUGUAAGCUGCUUGUGCGCCCGGAUGAUGAGCGCCUCAUCCCAGCUUAA